UGGCCUUCCUUCAAAGUCACCGGACUGUCAAUGAAUGAAACUGAAAGCUUCGUACUCUGAGGUUCGCAUCGCUCUCGGGGUUCGUCGACGACAUCCAACUAUGGCUGAUCUACAGCGUAAAAGGGUAUUAUGCAAGUACUUCGUACAUGGAGCGUGCUUUAAGGGUGAAUACUGUGAAUUUUCUCAUGAUUGGAAGGAUCAAUCCAACAAUGCAUGUACCUUUUACCAGAAAGGGCUGUGUUCUUUUGGCAGUCGCUGUCGGUAUGAUCAUGUUAAAGUUUCGAAUGCACGUCCUUCCAUGGGAACUGGAUCUCUUCAAGCAAUUCAGCCAUAUAACUUUUCUUUGAACGGAGAGCACAAGCCAUCUUCUAGUUCCUUUAUUGAGUUUUCAGAUCAAGGCAAACACAUUUUCCCAUCCUCUAAGCCUGCUUGGAACCAAAGCCAUCGUUUAAGUACCUUCGAAGACUAUCCUAUUGGUCAUGAUCCUGCAUAUAACAGCAUUGCUGACCAACCAAUCUGUUCUUUUGCUGCUGCUGGUAGUUGUCCUCAUGGUGAAGGGUGCCCUCACAUUCACGGAGAUCAGUGUUCCAUCUGCAAAAAGUAUUGUUUGCAUCCAUACCGACCCGAUGAAAGAGAAGAGCAUGUAAAGUUGUGUCAGAAAAAUAAUCAGAAUCUUGAGGCUUUACGUUUUAGUCAGGAAAUAGAAUGCAGUGUGUGCUUGGAUCGUGUGCUUUCUGAACGGAAGUUUGGUUUACUUUCAGAAUGUGACCAUCCUUUCUGCAUUUCGUGUAUCCGGAAUUGGCGCAGUAAUUGUCCGUCUAUCGGAAUGGAUGUCAACAGUACAUUAAGAGCCUGUCCAAUGUGCCGAAAGCUUUCAUAUUUUGUCAUCCCUAGUGUCAUUUGGUACUCAACUUCGGAGGAGAAGCAAGAGAUUGUUGAAAACUAUAAAGCCAAGCUCAAGACCAUAGAUUGCAAGUACUUUGACUUUGGAAAUGGGACUUGUCCUUUCGGGACAAGCUGUUUUUACAAGCAUGCGUACAGAGAUGGUCGAUUAGAAGAAGUGGCAUUACGGCACCUGGAUGCUGAAGAUGGAAGUAUAGUGAUAGCCAAAAAUAUCAGGCUUUCGGAUUUCCUUAAUAAUCUACAUUUAUAAGGGGCUCAUCAGGUUCAAAUUUAUGUGACCUAUACCAAUUCGAAACAGUAAUGCUCAUUUUCUUCUCUGGAAGUACUAUCUCAUGUGAUCCUUCUUCAGUCACAGUGGAGACCACUUAUGUUAUUCACUGACCGGGAAAUACUAGAUGACUUACAUGGGCAUGGAGAUGAAAGGAUCAAACAACAUGCUAUAUUAUGAACGGCCUGUGGUUUUUUCUUUUGUAUUCAAUGCCGGAAAAUAAUGAGAUUGGAUGCGCAUAAGGGAAUUAUCAGUGACAUAUUAUUUUGCUUAUUUACUUUGCCUGCUAUUUACAUGCGAGCGCUUACCAUCAUUUUUGCUUUAAACUGCAACACAUUUUAUCCUGCUACGAGUUGGUGGUAUUCCUGUAUAGAUAUGUCUUCUUAAGUUUUUAUGACAAGAAUGAGAUCCAAAAUUAUGCAUCUAAUUCACCUCUUCUCGGAUGCGUUAUGGAUCAUUUUAUGUACUUUAAAUUGAAAUGUUAGAUAUUUCAUCAUACUUAUAAGAAUUG